GAAGAGCUGCACUCGCCGUACCUAACAAUUGAUCAGUCAAUGGUAAGCUGACAGACUUUACGUGCGCUAACGUAUAACGGCCGACCAGCUGUACGGCCGCACGCAGCUGGCUGACGCAGGGCCGAAGACGGUGCUAAGGGUCGAAUGGCAGAAUACCGUAUACGGAGAGCUUGGGCAGGAGGUGUGUGGUCAAAAACAUAUAUAUUAGAAACUCUUUGAGGCAGCCGGACGGGCCAGAACUUUAAGUUAGGACGUUGUAGGUACCAGCUGAACUUGGGAACAAGGCUUUCCAGUGUGAAAGACAUACUUGAUGAUCAGCAUUUGGCACUCCAGUGGCGGCUGGUCCUGAAGUUUCGAAGGAGGAGCAAUUUCAGUGAGGUAUGCGGCACAAAUCAUACAUGAAUCAGGAGCCCAGCAUGUUGCACCUAAAGAAGAAUUAAGGCAAUCUGCAGGAAAGUCUGAUAAUCUACAGCACCGUGCAAGACCAGGACCGUGCAAUCCAUGUCCCGGUGGGAAAGUCCUGUUGACCCCUAAGAGAGCUCGCUGUACAUUCAAAGAAGGGACACCAAAAGAACACUAGAUGCAUAUAGUCCAAGACAAAGAAGGGCUUCCGUGUUGGCACCCUGCGCGCAGUGAUUCAGAACUUGCAGACACAAUCGGGCCUGCCUAGCUCAGCUUGCGUCAUUCUCUAGGAUCUUCUAGCGCCGUUCAACUAUAGCCACUCCUGUCAACUGCAAGAGAGUUUCACCAGCUUAUGCCGGCAAGAGAUGCAGGUUUGCAAUCUUCUGAAGAGGGGACUGCCUGUGCAAGCGCAGCACAGUUGCACCCAGGUGGAUUGCAAAGCAAUUGCUGCUUUGAGAUGGACAGAUUGCUUCCAGCUGCCAGCGAUGGCACAGAUACGGUUGGUGAGGAGAGUUCACUUCACCCUCAGCCCUGUUCCCUGCCUAAUGCAAGCAGUCCCCGGGGGGGCUACUGCCGCUCCCCUUGUGCCGCCUGCAAGGUGCUACGAAGGAAAUGCACUGAGGAGUGCCUGCUGGCCCCUCACUUCCCACUCAGGGAGAAGGACAAGUUUCUGGUCUUGCACAAGUGCUAUGGAGCUGCCAAUCUGAUGAAGAUCCUGGCUGACAUUCCAAAGUAUCUUCGAGGUGAUGCGAUCAGCUGCCUCGCUUAUGAAGCUCAAGCACGGACUCUAGACCCCGUAUAUGGCUGUGUUGGGAUAAUUGCCGUCUUGCAGGACCAGAUUGCAAGUCUGCAGGCGGAGCUAGAGACGGAGAGGUCCAAUCUAGCAGGCAUGAGACGAGUUCGAUCGCUUAGCACCCUCUCACAGGACAGUAAACAAGCAAUCCAGCUACCAGCGUUAUUGGAACUGCCAGAGUCCGAGAAAAGAGAUUCGCGACAAGUCAAAGAGGAGGCCCUACAAUUGAGUCAAACCUGGCAACCCUCGACACCCUCCACACAGGCCGGUGUGCAUAACAUGCAACUCUGCGGCGUGACAGCGAUGCCAGCGGACUUGGCCCCUGCUAGUGCUCCACAGUAUCCUGUCUCGGUGCCAGGGGCACAGGAGAUCGCACAGAGCUCGCAGAGCACAGCAGCCCUCGACUUCGCCGUUCCUCAUUUUGCUUUUGGGCCCGAUGAUGACGUGGGCAAUAACAACGACGGGGCCCAUCCGGCCACCUGGGGUUCCUACGCGGACCCCAUUGCCGACUUCCACCAUUGAAGAAGCUCGGAUUAAUUAUUAUCCACUAACAUGACCUAGAACGGAUUUGACAUUCAGCCACUGAUCAAUCUGCGGUUUGAGAUCGUCAUUAAUUACCUGCAAGCUUGAAGGAGAUACUUAACUCAUUCGGUUAAUUGGUUGUACAUAGUACAGGACACGAUCUUGCAAAAAAGUUGUGAAUGCAUUAAUCAACCCUCCAAUUUAGGGUGGAGAGCACCCGUUAUUCUAAGUACUGUACUCUGCAAAGUCAGCGCGUGACAAUUGCGCCAGCUCGGUUACCAGCAAAAGAGAAGACUUGGAGAGCAUGACACGUCACAAGCAAGAACGGAUAAGACAGGACCACCAGCGUGCAUGUGAAGAGUAGCAGAUUGAAUUUGAAGUAUGCAAUGCUAAGACAGACUCUGCUAAUCGUCGGUGUACUCCAAAGGUACUUCGAAGAAUCAAGGAUACUCCAAUAACCUCAACGAGCAACUUUAUACGUCAUGAUUUGAUCAAAACAAACUUAUUAAGAGCAAGUCAG